CUCAGCCAUCAUGUAUGUGAUGGGAGCGCUGGGCCCAGCCGCUGGUUACCUACUGGGAGGAGUCCUCAUCGGAUACUACGUUGACCCAAAAACUGCCGUCACCAUCGAUCAGAGCGACCCCCGCUUCAUCGGGAACUGGUGGAGUGGGUUCCUGCUGUGUGCCAUUGCCAUGACGCUGGUCAUCUUCCCAAUGUUCACCUUCCCCAAGAAGCUGCCCCCCCGACACAAGAAGAAGAAAAGGAGGAAAAAGAUGAGCAUGGAUAGCCUGUCCAGCGACGACGACGUCCUCAAAGAGAAAAGCAACAACAAGAGCCAGGCGGUCACCUCGUCCAUGGGCUUCGGAAGGGACAUCAAAGUCACACUGGCAGCCUACGAUGCGAAGCGAAAGUGA